GUAAUCGGAAAGCUCUCACUCCAGAUGGUGGGACUUGUAUUAUCUACCAUAAGUCCAUAACCUGUAACAUUGACUCAUGAGACAGUCCUCAAAGACAGUACCAUGUGAUCUUGUGUCUUAGUUGGUCUCAUGAUUCCUAUUCCUAUCCCACACCCUUCAUUCAGCAAUAAUUCAAGUAGACUUCGUACAUAUCUUUUAUCUAUAUAUAUUCAUGGUUUCUAGCAUUUUGGAACAAACAUAAAACAUUCACAGCCUAAAGCAUUUGAAUUAUUCUUAAGCCUGAAUAUUCAAGUCCUUUUUAGACCAUUUUCUUCUCAUCAAGUCUCAGCCUCUUAAAUAUAACAAUGGGUUUUCGAUUACCUAGUAUCAGAAAGGCAUCAGUAGCUGCAAACCAAGCAUCUUCUAGGGCUUUGGAGGUACCAAAGGGCUAUCUUGCAGUGUACGUUGGAGAGAGAAUGAAGCGGUUUGUGAUCCCCAUUUCAUACUUGAUCCAGCCAUCAUUCCAAGACUUGUUGAGUCAAGCAGAGGAAGAGUUUGGAUAUGAUCAUCCCAUGGGUGGACUUACAAUUCCAUGCAGCGUGGAGGUCUUCCAAGACAUAACUUCAACCUUUAAUUGACUACAAGUCUAGUACCGUAGAAGACUGACCAAGAUUUGUAUAGACAUUUUUUACAUUAGUCAUCUCAAUAUGUAAAGAUAACCCCUUUUUGAGAAAUUGGAAAAAUGAAAAGACCAUUAGAAUGACGAAUUUGUUCCUA